CUGCUGAUAGAAAUAAUUGAUGUGAAUGACAAUGCCCCGGAAAUAUCUGUGACGUCACUCAUGACCCCAGUAAAAGAAGAUGCAGAAAUGGGCACAAUAGUUGCUUUGGUUACAGUAAGUGAUAAAGAUGGAGGAAGCAAUGGUGUGACUAACUGUAAGGUAGUGGGAUCUUUUCCUUUUAAGCUGAAGUCCAACUACAAAAAUGACUAUUCAUUAGUAGUAGAUGGAGCACUGGACAGAGAAAACAUUUCUCUUUACAAUGUCACAAUUACAGCAACAGAUGAGGGAAAUCCACCUCUGUCCAGUAUCAGAGUCAUUACUGUUCAUGUGUCUGAUGUCAAUGAUAAUGCACCUCGAUUUGUGGAGCCUGUGAUUAAUGUUUAUGUGAAAGAAAACAGUGCAGUAGGCUCAGUUAUUCAUACAAUACGGGCCUUUGAUCCUGACUUAGACAGAAAUUCACAGCUGACUUAUAAGUUGUUAGAUAGUUCCCCAAAAAAUAUUCCUAUUUCAUCCGUUUUAAACAUCAACUCAGAGACUGGAGAUAUAGUAAGCCUGCAGUCUUUUAACUAUGAGGAGUUAAACACGUUUCAGUUUAAAGUCCAGGCCACAGACUCUGGUGUUCCUCCUCUCAGCAGCAACGUGACUGUGAACGUUUUAAUUCUGGAUGAAAAUGACAAUAAUCCAACAGUCCUCGCGCCCUAUUCUGAGCACGGCUCCGUUAACAGUGAGAGCAUCCCCUAUUCUGCUGAGGCGGGAUACUUUGUGGCAAAGAUCAGGGCUGUAGACGCAGACUCUGGAUACAAUGCGCUGCUUUCCUAUCACCUCUCUGAGCCCAAAGGAAACAACCUCUUCCGGAUCGGAACCAGUAGCGGAGAAAUCAGGACUAAGAGGAGAAUGAGUGACAAUGACCUGAAAACUCACCCCUUGGUGGCGUUGGUUUCUGAUAACGGAGAGCCCUCCCUGUCAGCUACUGUCUCUAUUGAUGUGGUGGUGGUUGAAAGCACAGCUGACAUCCAGACUCAGUUCAGACAUGUGCCCAUACAGGAGGAGAGCUUCUCUGAUUUGAACCUGUAUCUGCUGAUCGCCAUUGUGUCGGUGUCAGUGAUCUUUCUGCUGAGCCUCAUCAGUUUAAUAGCUGUCAAAUGCCACAGGACAGACGGCAGUUUCAGCAGGUACAGCGCCCCAAUGAUCACCACCCACCCUGACGGGAGCUGGUCUUACUCUAAAUCUACUCAGCAGUACGACGUGUGUUUCAGCUCAGACACAAUGAAGAGUGACGUAGUGGUUUUCCCCGGACCGUUUCCGCCUGUAGAUGGUGAACUGAUCAGUAUUAACGGAGGAGACACUUUCACCAGAACUCAGACUUUACCCAACCAAGACAAG